GCCCGGCCGCUCCCUCACCGCCCGGCCGCUCCCUCAUCUCGCGAUGCCAUCCUCAUUUUUUUUUCUUUUUUUCUUCCCCCGGCCCCCACUCGCCCCCAAGCCCUAUGACUCCCUCCCCUCCCAACGUGUUUUUCAAAUCCACCAAUGGGCACACAGCUUAGGCUCGAACCAGCCAAUCGGAAUGCGGAGUCACCGGGAAAUUUAAAUCGCGCCGGCCGGCUGCACGAGCCACACGGUCUUUGAGCUGAGUCGAGUUGGACGCUUUGAGCGCAGUCGAGCCACAGCCGCUGAUUCCCCCCGCAUCGCCUCCCGUGGAAGCCCAGGCCCACUUCGCAGCUUUCUCCCUUUGUCUCAUAACCAUGUCCACCAACGAGAAUGCUAAUACACCAGCUGCCCGUCUUCACAGAUUCAAGAACAAGGGAAAAGACAGUACAGAAAUGAGGCGUCGCAGAAUAGAGGUCAACGUGGAGCUGAGGAAAGCUAAGAAGGAUGAACAGAUGCUGAAGAGGAGAAACGUAAGCUCAUUUCCUGAUGAUGCUACUUCUCCGCUGCAGGAAAACCGCAACAACCAGGGCACUGUAAAUUGGUCUGUUGAUGACAUUGUCAAAGGCAUAAAUAGUAGCAAUGUGGAAAAUCAGCUCCAAGCUACUCAAGCUGCCAGGAAACUACUUUCCAGAGAAAAACAGCCCCCCAUAGACAACAUAAUCCGGGCUGGUUUGAUUCCGAAAUUUGUGUCCUUCUUGGGCAGAACUGAUUGUAGUCCCAUUCAGUUUGAAUCUGCUUGGGCACUCACUAACAUUGCUUCUGGGACAUCAGAACAAACCAAGGCUGUGGUAGAUGGAGGUGCCAUCCCAGCAUUCAUUUCUCUGUUGGCAUCUCCCCAUGCUCACAUCAGUGAACAAGCUGUCUGGGCUCUAGGAAACAUUGCAGGUGAUGGCUCAGUGUUCCGAGACUUGGUUAUUAAAUAUGGUGCAGUUGACCCACUGUUGGCUCUCCUUGCAGUUCCUGAUAUGUCAUCUUUAGCAUGUGGCUACUUACGUAAUCUUACCUGGACACUUUCAAAUCUUUGCCGCAACAAGAAUCCUGCACCCCCGAUAGAGGCUGUUGAGCAGAUUCUUCCUACCUUAGUUCGGCUCCUGCAUCAUGAUGAUCCAGAAGUAUUAGCAGAUACCUGCUGGGCUAUUUCCUACCUUACUGAUGGUCCAAAUGAACGAAUUGGCAUGAUCGUGAAAACAGGAGUUGUGCCCCAACUUGUGAAGCUUUUAGGAGCUUCUGAAUUGCCAAUUGUGACUCCUGCCCUAAGAGCCAUAGGGAAUAUUGUCACUGGUACAGAUGAACAGACUCAGGUUGUGAUUGAUGCAGGAGCACUCGCCGUCUUUCCCAGCCUGCUCACCAACCCCAAAACUAACAUUCAGAAGGAAGCUACAUGGACAAUGUCAAACAUCACAGCUGGCCGCCAGGACCAGAUACAGCAAGUUGUGAAUCAUGGAUUAGUCCCAUUCCUUGUCAGUGUUCUCUCUAAGGCAGAUUUUAAGACACAAAAGGAAGCUGUAUGGGCCGUGACCAACUAUACCAGUGGUGGAACAGUUGAACAGAUUGUGUACCUUGUUCAUUGUGGCAUAAUAGAACCGUUGAUGAACCUCUUAACUGCAAAAGAUACCAAGAUUAUUCUGGUUAUCCUGGAUGCCAUUUCAAAUAUCUUUCAGGCUGCUGAGAAACUAGGUGAAACUGAGAAACUUAGUAUAAUGAUUGAAGAAUGUGGAGGCUUAGACAAAAUUGAAGCUCUACAAAACCAUGAAAAUGAGUCUGUGUAUAAGGCUUCGUUAAGCUUAAUUGAGAAGUAUUUCUCUGUAGAGGAAGAGGAAGAUCAAAACGUUGUGCCAGAAACUACCUCUGAAGGCUACACCUUCCAAGUUCAGGAUGGGGCUCCUGGGACCUUUAACUUUUAGACCAUGUAGCUGAGACAUAAAUUUGUUGUGUACUACGUUUGGUAUUUUGUCUUAUUGUUUCUCUACUAAGAACUCUUUUUUAAAUGUGGUUUGUUACUGCAGCACUUUUUACACUGAAACUAUACUUGAACAGUUCCAACUGUACGUACUGUAUGAAGCUUGUCCUCUGACCAGGUUUCUUAUUUCUAUGUGGAAUUUCCUAUCUUGCAGCAUCCUGUAAAUAAACCUUCAAGUCCACCCUUUUCUUGACUUCA